UGCCCGUCUGCCACAACCGGUACGACACACGCGCACUCUCGCUUUCGUGUCUGCUGUCUCGGUCCGUGUCCGACAUUUUUGGAUAACCUUUACCAUUGAACGUUUCACUUUGACUCGAAAGCUCGCACCACAUGUCCGCACGUGCGUGAGUUUUUUUUUAAUUUUAUUCGAUUUUAACCAAACGCUGUUGUGUUUUUCUUCAAUUUGACGCGGAAAAAUUCAGUAAAACUAUUCUAAAUGGAUCCCAUAAGACCUUCAAGGGGAAAAGCUCGUGGACGUCCUCAAAUACCAAUAAAUCAACCCGUUAUAUCAAGUUUAACGAGUUCACUUCCUCAAGGAAUAAGAGGACCUAGACCAACCAUAUUGCAGCCAACGCAAUCCUCACAACCAUUACAAGCACCAACUACGGGUGUAGGUAUGCAACGUCCGCCCCGUUUAAUGCCACCAAGACCUCCUGGUACUGCACCUCAGCAAAGGGCCCCAAGGCCACUUGGACCAAGACCUGGGAUUACUCCUGAUACUACAGCUCCUACAAAUGACCCAAUGGAAGGAGUGCAACAAGUAACAGAAGGACUUAAAACGUUGGGUACAGGAGGAGGCGAUUCAUUAGUGCCAUUGGGACGUGGAGCAGUACGAGGACGACGACAAAUCGAUCUAGAACAUUUUAGGACACCGAGGCCUCAAUCUUCAUUAGGAGAUAUUGGAAAACAGGGAACUUCUGGACAACCAAUAAAACUGUUAGCAAAUUAUUUUCCCAUCACAUCAUAUACAAACUGGUGCUUGUACCAAUAUCGAGUUGACUUCAAUCCUGAAGAAGAUAGAAUUGGUACUAAAAGAGGAUUGCUAGCACAACAUCGAGAACGUUUAGGCGGAUAUCUAUUUGAUGGAACAAUGUUAUUUUCUGGAAAGCGAUUUGAUCCAGCAACUUUCGAACUUGCAUCUACACGUCGCCCAGAUGAUCAAAUUGUAAUAGUCACUGUAAAAUUCACAAAUGUAAUAGAAACUGGGGAUUAUGCUAAUAUUCAAGUUUUUAACUUGCUCUUGCGUAAUUGUUUGAGGCAUCUUAAACUAACAAUGAUUGGAAGGAACUUUUAUGAUCCAGAAGCCAAAAUUGAUAUGGCUCAGCACAAACUUCAACUUUGGCCGGGCUAUGAAACAACCAUUGGCAGGUAUGAAGAUAACAUUUUAUUAUGUGCUGAAAUAUCUACUAAAGUCAUGCGUCAAGAGACAGUAUUAGAUUUUUUAAAUCAAUGUGCUGCUGAUAGAAACCGAAAUAAAGAUUGGAUGAUAAACUUUAAGAGUGGCGUAGUUGGUACUACAGUGAUGACCAAAUACAACAAUGAAACAUACAGGAUUGAUGAUAUAGAUGAGAAUUCUGAUCCUAAUUCUGAAUUUAGUAAAAAAGAUGGAACUAAAAUGACUUACAUGCAAUAUUACAAAGAAAAAUGGAACAUGACAAUUCGUGGUGGCAGGCAACCUAUGUUGAUUUCCAAAAAUAAGAAAUCAAUACGUAGGUUUGGAGUUGAAGAUACAUUGGUUUAUCUAGUUCCAGAAUUAUGCAUAAUGACUGGUAUAACAGAUGCUAUGAGAAACAAUUUCACACUUAUGAAAGAUAUGGCCAUUCAUACUCGUGUGAAUCCCAAAGAACGCAUGGACAGAUUGACAAAUUUUGCAAAUCGUCUUCUUUCUACGCCUGACUCUGUUACUGAAUUGAAAAGAUGGAAUCUUACAUUAAGUAACAAGUUAGUUGAACUUACUGGUCGUACAUUACAACCAGAAUCAAUUCAGAGUCGAACUAAAGGGUAUAAUGGUGGUGAAGAAGCUGAUUGGACAAAGCACUUACGCUCAUUACCUAUGUUCACUUCUGCUUCUGUAAAACAUUGGGUUAUUUUAGCUCCUAAGGACUGUUGUCGAGAAGUUGAAGCUUUUGCUCAAAAUCUUGCAAAAGCUGGUCAAGGAAUGACGUUUCUACUACCCAAACCUGUCAUAUGUCCCUUGAUUGAUGGAAGAUCAAAUACAUUCUUGACUGAACUAGAAAAAGUAAUUAAUGAUUCAAAUCCGUCAUUGAUUUUAUGUGUUAUUCCAUCGGCACGUGGUGAUAUUUAUAGUAUGAUUAAACGAAAAUUAUGUAUAGAUAGAGCAGUACCCUCACAGGUGGUGCUGUUGAAAAAUGUGCAAAAGAACAAUAUGUCAGUUUGCACAAAAAUUGCUAUACAAAUCAAUUGUAAGCUUGGUGGUGCUCCUUGGCUAGUUACUAUUCCCAAAAAAGGUAUGAUGAUUGUUGGUUUUGACGUGUGUCAUGACAGUCAACGGAAAAAUAUAUCAUUUGGCGCUUUAGUAUCUACUAUGAAUGACUCUCAUACAAGUUAUUUCAGUUGUGUAGAACCUCAUGAAAGUGGAGAGGAACUAUCUGUUCAUUUUGCUACUGGCAUAAGUAAGGCAUUGUCCAAGUACCGGAAUAAAAAUGGCACAUUACCUACUUCUAUUAUUGUAUAUAGAGAUGGUGUUGGAGAAGGCCAAAUAUCACAUGUCCAUAAAACAGAAGUUAGACUUUUGCAAACUGCGUGUGAACAAUUUUAUGGUCCAAGUUCUGUCCCCUUUGCUUUUGUUAUCGUAACAAAACGUAUAAGUGCAAGAUUUUUUGCUCCUAGUAAAAGAGGCCCUGAAAACCCUCGACCUGGUACAAUUAUUGAUAGUGUUGUAACGGACCCAACCAAGUAUGAUUUCUUCUUAGUUUCUCAACAUGUAAGACAGGGUACUGUAACUCCUACACAUUAUCAAGUGAUUGAAGAUACACUUAGACUUCCUCCAGAUAUAAUGCAAAGACUUACAUUCAAGUUGACCCAUAUGUACUACAAUUGGUCGGGUACUGUACGAGUUCCUGCUCCAUGUCAGUUGGCUCACAAGUUGGCAUUCCUCACUGGUCAAAGUCUUAGGCAUUCUCCCAAUGUUGGAUUGGACGAAUUGUUAUACUUCCUUUAAAUAAGUUUUGUUUUUAUGAUAUUAUUCAUACAUCAUUCAUUGCUGUGCAUAAUAAUGUUGUUACAUGAAGAAAUUUAAAUUUUAUUUCAUUUAUCAUUUAAAAGUAUUUAGCGAUUAAAUAUUAUUUUUUUUUUUUUUUUACAUAGUUUUAAGUAAUUACUACUUAGCGUUUUAUUAUGUUAUACUCGGUAAAUAUUAACUAUGUUUUGACAAUGUUAUUUACAUUUAUCUUAUAUAAAUUUCAAUCGUUAUUAAUCUUAAUUUUUUUAUUAUUGAUUUAAUAAUAAUUAAUAUAAUAUCUUUAGCUAUAUUAUUUAGUGUUUCGUUUCAAUAAAAUACCAUUUGUUUCACUUUUACAUUAAA